AUCGAUAAAGAUAAAAAAUAAGUAAAAUAAUAGAACCACGUUUCAACAGUGCCAUGCGGAGUAAUAUAUUUUGUGUGUGAAUUUGUGUGCUAUAAUUUCGUCGCAGAGGAGCGGAUUACAUAACCUUGAAUCACGGGACUUCAGUAUUGAUCACAUUAAUUUUAUUUAAAUUUUCAUACAAUUAUAAACGGUUGACGGUUCAUACCACAUCAGACCUGACACUUCACCAGUAAGGAGCCAGGCAUAGCACAGCCAUGCAUCGCGCAAGGGUAGUUUUUAAUAUCUCCAACAAAGUUGGCAACACAGAGAGAUUUGCAUCAUGGCUCCUCAACAAACCACAGACCGCCGCUGUGACAGUAAAAGCCAACAGGCUGAAAAGUUCCACGGCGGCAGAGCCCUUCCUCAACGGAUCCAGUUCGGCGUACGUCGAGACCAUGUACAACUCGUGGCUGUCUGACCCCAAUUCCGUACAUGCCUCCUGGGACGCGUUUUUCCGCAACGCAACCGCGGGCGCAGCCCCGGGCGCCGCCUACACUUCACCACCCAACUUGGCGCCCUACAACAAAAACGAGAUGCCCCUCAGUGCCCUAGUGCCUGCGUCCGGCGGCAUGCCUUCCAUAUCUGCUGGUUCCCCAAUUAACGAAAAGAUUAUCGACGACCAUCUGGCUGUCCAGGCAAUCAUCAGGAGUUACCAGUCCCGAGGCCAUCUGGUGGCGCGCCUAGACCCACUGGGCAUAUCCACGGGGGACCCCGUGGAGAGCACGGAGUGGCACGGAGGCCUACGCGGCUUCGCUAGCGAGGCGGUGGUUAGGCAACACGUUCGAUUCGAUGAAGCUGACAUGGACAGGGUGUUCAAACUGCCCUCUACCACUUUUAUCGGAGAAAAGGAGAAGGCACUUCCCCUCAGGGAAAUCCUGUACCGCCUCGAGCAAGCGUACUGCAACAACAUCGGAAUAGAGUUCAUGUUCAUCAACUCCCUGGAGCAAUGCAACUGGAUCAGGCAACGCAUGGAACCCCCGGAUGUCACCAAAAUGAGCAACGACCAGAAGAGACUCAUCCUCGCACGCCUUACUCGAUCUGCCGGAUUCGAGAACUUCCUCGCGAAGAAGUGGUCUUCAGAGAAGCGCUUCGGUCUCGAGGGCUGCGAGAUCCUCAUUCCUGCUAUGAAGCAGGUCAUAGACGUGUCCACGAAGCUUGGCGUGGAAUCCAUCAUCAUGGGCAUGCCGCACAGAGGUCGACUCAAUGUAUUGGCGAAUGUUUGCCGCAAACCUCUGCAUCAGCUGUUCACCCAGUUCGCCGGUCUCGAAGCCGAAGACGACGGCUCCGGUGACGUCAAAUACCACUUGGGAACCUACAUCGAGCGCCUGAACCGCGUCACGAACAAGAACAUCCGCCUCGCUGUCUGCGCCAACCCGUCCCAUCUCGAGGCCGUCGACCCCGUGGUGCAGGGCAAGACUCGCGCCGAGCAGUUCUACCGUGGCGACAAUGAGGGCAAAAAGGUGAUGUCCAUCCUGCUCCACGGCGACGCAGCCUUCGCCGGACAGGGCGUGGUGUUCGAGACCAUGCACUUGUCGGACCUGCCCGCCUACACCACCCACGGCACCAUUCACAUUGUCGCCAACAACCAAAUUGGAUUUACCACCGACCCUCGCCACUCGCGCUCAUCUGCCUACUGCACAGACGUGGCCCGCGUAGUGAACGCCCCGAUCUUCCACGUGAACGGCGACAACCCUGAAGCCGUGAUGCACGUGUGCAACGUGGCCGCCGAGUGGCGCGCCACCUUCCACAAGGACGUGGUCAUCGACAUCGUCAGCUACCGCCGCAACGGCCACAACGAGGUCGACGAGCCCAUGUUCACACAACCCCUUAUGUACCAGAAGAUCAGGAACACUAAGCCUGUGCUGGAGAAAUACGCCGCCCAGCUCAUCGCUGAAGGCGUCGUGACGGCGGAAGAAGUGAAGGACGUGAGCGACAAGUACGUGAAGAUCUGCGAGGACGCCUACAACCAGGCCAAGCAGGAGACCCACAUCAAGUACAAGGACUGGCUCGACUCGCCCUGGUCUGGCUUCUUCGAGGGCAAGGACCCUCUUAAAGUGUCCCCGACCGGCGUAGUAGAGGAGACCCUUGUCCACAUCGGCAAGCGUUUCUCUGCGCCUCCCCCGAAUGCGGCCGAGUUCGAGAUCCACAAGGGUCUGCUCCGGAUCCUCAAGUCUCGUAUGGAGAUGGUCGAGAACCGAACCAUCGACUGGGCUCUGGCCGAGGCCAUGGCGUUUGGUUCCCUCUUGAAGGAGGGCAUCCAUGUUAGACUGUCCGGAGAGGAUGUCGAGCGUGGCACCUUCUCGCAUAGGCAUCACGUUCUCCACCACCAGAAGGUGGACAAGGCGACGUACUGCGCGCUGGCGCACCUGUACCCCGACCAGGCGCCCUACACCGUGUGCAACAGCUCGCUGUCGGAAUACGGUGUGCUCGGCUUCGAAGUAGGCUACUCCGUGACCAACCCCAACGCGCUCGUGCUGUGGGAGGCGCAGUUUGGAGACUUCAACAACGUGGCCCAGUGCAUCAUCGACCAGUUCAUCUCGUCCGGACAGGCCAAGUGGGUCCGCCAGUCCGGCAUUGUGCUGUUACAGCCUCAUGGCAUGGAGGGCAUGGGCCCCGAGCACUCGUCGGCGCGCCUGGAGCGCUUCCUGCAGAUGAGCUCCGACGACCCCGACUACAUGCCGCCCGAGAGCAACGACUACGAAGUACGCCAACUCCACGACUGCAACUGGAUCGUGGCCAACUGCUCGACGCCAGCCUCCCUGUUCCACAUCCUGCGGCGUCAGAUCGCGCUGCCGUUCCGCAAGCCGCUCAUCAUCAUGACGCCCAAGUCCCUGCUGCGCCACCCCGAGUGCAGGAGCUCCUUCGACGACAUGAGGGAGGGCACCAGCUUCAGGAGGGUGAUCCCAGAAGAAGGCCCCGCUUCAAAGAACGCUAGCGGCGUUAAGAAGCUGGCUUUCUGCACCGGUCGCGUCUAUUACGAUAUGAUCAAGGAGCGCCGCGAGAAGGGACUCGAAAACGAUAUUGCCAUCUGCAGGCUGGAGCAAAUCUCGCCGUUCCCGUACGACCUGAUCAAGGCGGAAGCCGCCAAGUACAGCAACGCGCAGCUGGUCUGGUCCCAGGAAGAACACAAGAACAUGGGCUCCUGGACCUACGUCGAGCCCCGCUUCCGGACCCUGCUGCAGAACCAGCGCACUAUCAGACCAAAGUCAGGGGGUAGCUGGCUAGGGCAACUAUUCGGCCGCGCGCCGCCGCCGACAGGCGAUGACACAGAGACUGUGCCGCGCACCAUUAGUUACAACGGCCGCGCGACCGCCGCGUCACCCGCCACGGGCUCCAAGGCGGCCCACAACAAGGAACUCAAGAGUCUGCUCAACGAGUUCUGCGCGUUAUAAAUACCAACCUCGGUACCAUAUUGCCAACUUUGUUGAAUCUAUACAACUGUACGUGCGCCACUUUUAAACAAAACUGUCAUUUAACCAUUCGUAGGCCCUUUUCAAAAAUUUGCUACAACAUGACCUUGUAAUUGUAAAUUACAGUCCAAAUUGGAUCGUAUACGGGACAAGGCAUACGAAAGGUUAAACCUUUGACCGCUGAAGAGCGGCUCAGCCCGAUAUCAACCUUCGUGCGAUACGAUAAGGUUCACUAUGACGCGCCGCACUCGAUAGGCGCGUUCCAAAAUUAUAAUUAUUUUAGCUAUAGUCGUUCGAUUUGUAGCUGGCCCCGAACGGCUAAUCCUUUAAAUUGUCUGUUGUUAAGUAAAACCGCACGUGCCACUACCUUCAAAUACCUUGAUUAUUGAUGUCGUAUUUUUAUAAUACGACCAUGGCACGACUCGAAGUGCAUUACACGCGCGCCAAGCAGAGCGAGCGAGAUGCUUUAAGACACUACUCGUAGUGAAUUUGUCUAAUUUUAAUGUGAAAAACCUUUAUAAAAUAAACAUCUGUAUUUGUGAGCUGUGAACGUUAAUUACCUAAUCACGUCGAGAGCAGAAAUUACUUCGCUCACCGCGAGAAACAAACGUACAAAAAAUUUGAUUCGACGAAAUCCGCGUGUUAAUUAUUCGUAUGCUGUGUGUUUGAAAGUGGAACUUAUACUGUUUUAUUUAAUCUAGGCCAAAACAUCAGCCGAACGCGACCGCGAACUUUCAUUUCACCGAAUCUUAUUUUCUAUAAAUUGUAUUAAUUCAUAGGUUUUAUUUAAAAAACGAAAUUAACGACUGGGUUUGUUUUUCUGUCAUUCUGUUACUUGUCAGUAUUUUGGUGUAAUUCUCUCCACGAUUAGGUAGGAUAGUUAGAUAAAUUCUAAUUUAUUUAUUUAAUGUAGCUUUACGAGACAUGUAGGUUUCAACUAUUUAUUUUUAUAAUUAAAGCAAUAAAGCUUAUCGUCUCCACUGUGUUAAUUUAAAUUUAAAUUUAAAUCUACAUUAUGCAAUGUAGCCAUUUGACAGUUUGUACAUAAAUCUAUUCAAAUUUUAUUUUUUGUAUGAUUUUACAAAUAUCAGUUCUAACGGGUUAACCACAAUACGUUCCUUAUGCUAGUCCGAAACGUCAUCUGUUUAUGUAAUAUUAGGACGCACUUACGAUAUUAUAUACAAGAUAUUACCUAUAUAUUAGCUAGUAUUACUAAUUAAUAAAACUCCGCACUAUUACCGAAAAAGGCACAGUAGCAUUAUAGAGGAUAAUUUAGACUCACCGACAUGGUUUCGCAUUCUACUCCAAUCAACGAGUAUUGAUUCUUAUAGUUAAAGACGGCGACUUACUUUGACGCACGACCACGCUACUCAUAUCAUUUUAAUGCCCUUUGUACUAAAAGUAUAUUCAUUCUAAACUGUACUUUUAAACAUUACUUAUUUUUAGUGCUUACAAAAUUUUGUUCUCGAAGCACUUAUGGGAUCACUUCGGUCUUGCGAAUCAAAAAAAUGCGUUUUUUAAAAUGUUGUUCAUUUGAAACUAAUGCGUCUGUUGUUGAUCGUCUGUUUUCCGGUCACUAAAUUUAAUGGUACAUGUUUAAAUGAUAAUGCUGUUUAGAACGAAGAUACAAUCCAACGAUGCGCGUUCAAACUUUCAAUUGUUCGUGGCUCGAACGAAUCGUGUGUUACAGUGGGCUGCCGCUUUUAAAUACGGACGAAUUGUAACAGCAUGUUUGUCCCUCGUUGAUCGGUCUAUCGCGCUGUACAUACGCUAGUAGUCUCCACUGUCGGCUUGUAAGGAAUAACACCAAUCCUAACUUGUACAAAACCUACUAUAUCUCGUAUUUCGAGUGUAAUGUAUCUAAUACCUAAUCUCUAUGUAGAAUUAACGUACUUAUUUCACUGAUAGAGAAAUGUUCUCGCCCUAAAGCAAAGAGUUAUUCAUUUUAAUAUCCUCCUAAGGCCCAUACAAGAAUGCAAGUGCUAGUGAAAUUUGAAUCUAUAGCGUAGGAAAUAGAGUUGAUUUUUCUUUAUUUGAAAAUUUUACUAAAGAAAAGAUGCAACUAUUCCAUUUGUAAAUGAUUUAAAUUUCAUCACACUUAAUAACUUCUAUACGUACGACCUUGAGCUUUAGAAGGAUAGAGAAAAGUCUAAGAAAAAAACAUGCCACCUAGUUUGACAGCCGAAACAGACGGCACUGUACUACGCCCAUAGACAUAGUAUAUGCAAGUAGUUAUAGACGCGCCACCGAGCGACCGGGGGUAAGAGAAAGAAUAUUCAUAUAAAAUGUAUACUACUGUAUUUAUCCGUUUUGCAUGUCCAAUGUCUUUUCUCUUUCACUCUUAUAAAUUUCGGUAUUUCUCCAUAACCUCCUGCCCCACAUAAUGUCAUAACCCGACCAUGAAAAAAUGCCCGGUCGGUGAUAAAGACAAAGCAUGGCACUAUUUUCUCUUUCCUCUUAUAGGAAUCGCAAUAAGGCUAUCUUUCUCUAUCAAAGAGUGUCAGGCCCUUGACUACGCCACAUGUUUUGUUGUCACUGAAUUGUCAAAUGUCAACUUUUGACAAGCAGCGCAUUACCGAACCGGUCAGCGUCAUUUCGUUUAGCUGUUAAAUUCGAAGCACGAAAUUGUCUUGGACUUAAUCUUACACAAUGAAUGAAUCUUUGGCUUUAUAAUGGCCACGUCAGUGGAAUUGUAGUCAUAUUUUGAUUGGCUUUAUAUUUAGCGUUUUAGAUGCACCGUUAUUGUUUGAUAAUUUUGAUGUUCUGUAUUUGAAAUGCUCAGAGAAUGGAGAGUGGCAGGUAAUUUGUGAAGGUGUGGAUGCAAGGUCUGUGGAAGGAAUACUGGGCCUCUUUAUUGCUAUGUUAGUUUGAACAAGUUAAUUUACAAAUAAAUAUAUAUAUAUUAAAUAA